UAAAAGAAUUUACAGAAUUAGAUAAUGGCUUAAUUAAGCACAUCAAAACUUUGUCUCGUUUCAAAAAAGGACAAAGAUAACAACUUUUUGACAGCUGACGAUUUAACAACUGAUCCACUUGCAAGUAACGAUGAGUCAUCGGAUAUUUUUGAGGGUUUCCUUGACCGCUUGCUCGAAAUUCCUUUCAAAAUGAAGGUUACUGCUUUUCCUACAGGUACAAAAAAACAACGCAUGGUUUUGGAAAAUUGUACAAAUGAACAGCCUAUAACAGUAACUUUAGAAGAUAAACAACAACUUUUUAAAACCUUUGAUGACACAUUCCAAGAGGGUGAUCCCCUCCAGCAACAAACGUCAACGAAGGAAAAGACCGAAAAAGCGUUCAGCAAGCGAUUAAAUGAUGAGAACGAAGAGGCACCAUUCAGCAUUGAAACCAAGUCAAUAAAGCAUUCAGAACCGCCGCCAGCGCAACCGACAAUGGUAUCAUUUAAAACGGCAUCCGGCAAAUCAAUUUUGAGGGAAGCUCAAAGAAGGGCUUUAGAAGAGUUCAAAAAGUCAGAAGAUCUGAAAGCAAGUAAAUCGUUUUCUGUUAGUAUGAAGAAUACUGGGGAACAGGAAGAAAUCCAACCAAACAGUAAUCUCAAACGAACAAUAUCAUUCUCCAAAGAAUCACCAGAAAACAGUCAGCAAACUUCCUCAGAGCGAAAUAAUAAACGCCCUGCAACCGAUUCGUUGGAAGAUAGUAACAUGGAAUCCACAAAUUUCCUAGCGAAAUAUGGGGGGUUUAAGCUUGGCAAGAGUAACCGUAAUUGGGAGGUAUCAGCAGCAGCUAAACGACGGGCGAUAUCUUUAUUAGACAAUGAUCCAGUUAUUGUUAACAACGAAGUCUUAACAAGCGAUAAAAAAGACAAAACCGAUACUUCCGCUUUAGUCCAUUCUAAUUCAUUCACUCCACCAACACUCGUCAUCGAUUUGAAGAAAGUCUCUGCAUUUCGAACACCCCUCAAACAGGCAAAAUCAAGCAUUAUUUCCUCUACAAUACCUUCUCGCACAUUCUCCUCGAUUCCCAAACAAAAAGCAUUCAAAUCGCCGGUAGUCGCAAAAGAACGUACCAAAGCUGCUUUACAAAAUAAAAGUGCUCACCGGGCAAAAGGAUCACAAGUUUUUGAUUUAACAAUACCCAAUAAUAGAUAUACUAUUGCACAUCUAGGAAAGCCGCUGCUAUAUACCCGUGAGCAGUUACUUGCGAAAAAUGUUCCUGGCUGCAUCAUUGAUAUGACACUUCAGGCCGCUAAAAAGUACAAAUAUAAUGGAUUUUGGGGUGUGGAAGAAGCUGCUGCUGAGAUGAUCAAAGCCGGAGUCUUGUCUGAUCGAAUUUCGUCGGCAUGGAUGGAAAACCAUUUUGGAAUGAUUGUUUGGAAAAAUGCUUGUCUUAUACGAAGCUACCCGGACAAAUUGUUAGAACGUUGGACAUCACAAUAUGUAUUAGAUCAAUUAUUGUAUAGAUACGAGCGUGAGGUCAAUAUGGGUCAACGUUCAGUGCUGAAAAAAAUCUUCGAAUAUGAUGAUGCUGCAGACAAGUAUAUGAUAUUGUGUAUUACAGAUAUUUGUAAGCGAAAUAGAAAAUCGUCUUUCAGACCAUCAACCAAAAAUUACGAGAAUUUGUCGACUGAAUAUUUCCUCAGAGUAUCUGAUGGGUGGUAUGAAGUCCCUGCAUGUAUUGAUAGGAGAAUGGAAAGAGCUAUACUGAAAAAGAAAUUGAAAAUUGGGCAUAAACUCGCUAUACAUGGUGCUCAAAUUGUUGGCAGCAAAAAAGCUCAAUCACCGCUUGUUAUCAAGGAUGAUGAAACACGCUUGAUGAUUACAGCAAACAGUUGUUUGCCUGCCAAAUUUGAUGCAAAGUUGGGCUACCAGAAGCGGAAACCAAUUGUGCGCUCGAUUUCAUCCAUAUUCGACGAUGGCGGAUUAGUAGCAGUUGUGGAUGUGGUUAUAUGCCGCAAAUUUCCUUUACUUUACACUGAAUGGCUUCCGAAUGAAAUAUGCAUCACACGCACUGCCAAGGAAGAAGAGGACAUCCAAAAUGAAAUGAAUGAACGCCAUUUUUACAGAAACAACAGUAGUGUCGCCUUCCCAUAUUUUACAGCUGGCAAAAGAGAUAUUAGUUUGCCAAAUCUUGAUCGUAGUGUAAGUGAACCGCAGAAGCUUGAGGAGAGACGUGUUACUGGAUCUUUCAAGGUUAGAAUAUGUGACAGUAAAUCUUCACCGGAUCAGCAAUUGGCUACCUUAUCAAUAUAUGGGGCAAAUGAGCUACAACAUCUUGAUAUUGCUGAAGGCAACAGAUAUAGGAUCUACUUUGUCCAACCAAACUCCAAAAACAUGAAGUACUCAGGAUUGGACCUUAAAACCCUGCCAAUAACACGUUGGGAGCGUGUGUCUGCUGUCAAUCAGCCAAAUGCAUAUAAACCAAGGUAUUUGACAUGCUGUCUAAAUAUGCAGAGACAAGACCGUUAUUCCGCUUUUGAUUUAGUUGUGCUUGUUUUACAUGCGAGUUCCCCUGAGCUGGAAACAAUACAUGGGCGAAAAUUGUGGCAUCAAAAUGCAUUUGUGACAGACGAAAGUCAAGGCAUUUGUCAUGUCAGUCUUUAUUUCCCUGAAAAAUCGCUCACAGAUAUUAAUGGACAGAUAAUAGCAUUGAUUAACGUUCGUUAUGAAGCUUAUGACAACAAAUUUGAGAUUGCGAAUCUGAGGGCAACUGACGAUACGGAAAUCUUGAGUAAAUUGUCAUCCGCCAGUGAUUAUAUCAAAAAAGGUAUUGCAAGCUUGAAAAAAUGGAAAAACAGUAAACCUAAUGAACUCAAAGCUGUUACUGCUCGAAUUGGCGAAUUAGUCUAGUAAUACUAUGAUAAAAAUCCUAUAACAUUCUCGAUACCCUUUCAUAAUCAGUUUACGUUUCAACAAUCUAUCGUAAUAAAGAUAAUACCUCUGUCAUUACUAAAUUGACUCAAUUGAACCAAUAUGUUU